AUGAUCUACAUCUUCAAGGGCUUCGGUGAGAUCUGCAAGCUUCCUUGCACCCUCUGCAAGGGAUGCUGCGAUGCGUUCAAGGAAGCGUGCUCCUCGUGCAACACGUUCUGGGAGCCCAUCAUCGCCAAUCCUCUUGGGAAUUAUGUGAUCGGCACCUGGGUCGCCAUGGGCUUCGUGUGUGCUGCAGCGAUCUGGGGUAUCAGCCAGGACCUGAACUGCAGUAGCGAUCUCAAGGGCAACAUCCAGCUCUUCUGCAUCGCGAACGUCGUCCUCGCUUGCAUCCAUUCCGGAAUGUCCUACUACAUGCAGCGCCAGAUCAUCGAGAAGGUCGGCAAGCCCUUUGCCGAGAUGACCGCGAAGGAGAUCCAGCAGAAAGCUGGGGAGAUCCUGCUGUACGACGUCCCUGUCUGUCUGUAUUCGUUCCUCGCCACGGCGGGCUACGGCCUUAACGCCUGGGCCCUCUCCCUGGGCAGCUGCGGCGACUCUCAGCCGCAGUCUGGCUCCGCCUUCGGGGCCGGCGGCUCUCGUCUGGGGCGCGCUCGCGUUCGGCUACCUCUUCUGCUGGUACUGCUGCCAGUGCUGCCAGGGCGCCGUUCCGUCGAAGGGCAAGAGCGGCGGCGCCGUGCCGCCCGCCACGGCGGUCGGCGCCACGGCGUGACGCACCGCACGCCGCCAGUGCAAACAGUGCACGGCUCUCGUGGGUCUCGGGCGCGCGCCCUGAGCCCGAGGCCGGAGAGGUGGGGCAGAACCCAUCAUCUUCGCCUGUCCAACGGAGGUACUUCGGGGGGUGGAGGGGCGGCUCCGCGCCUCUCUAGAGCGGCCGGGUGA